CGAGGGGGGAGCCUUGGAGGUGAAGUUGGAGCUGGCGGGGGACGUGGAGGCGAAGCUGGAGUGGGACGGGCUGCAGAUCAAGGUGGAGGUGAUGGAGGGGGACCCAGAGGGGCCCGAGGUGAAGCAGGAAGUUAGGGGUGCGCCCGAGGUGAAACGGGAGAUAAUAGAUGGGAUAGAGGUGAAGCAGGAAUUAAUAGACGGUGUAGACGUGAAGCAGGAAUUAAUAGACGGUGUAGACGUGAAGCAGGAAUUAAUAGACGACGUAGACGUGAAGCAGGAAUUAGUAGACGGCGUAGACGUGAAGCACGAAUUAAUAGACGGUGUAGACGUGAAGCAGGAAUUGAUAGACGGAGUAGACGUGAAACAAGAGUUAAUAGAUGGAGUCGAGGUGAAGCAGGAAUUGAUGGAUGAACCGCAAGUGAAGCAGGAACCUGUAGACGGAGUUGACGUGAAGGAGGAAUUUACAGAGGGAGUAGAUGUGAAGCAGGAACCUAUAGACAGAGUUGACGUGAAGGAGGAACCUAUAGACGGAGUAGAGGUGAAGGAGGAACCUAUAGACGGAGUAGAGGUGAAGGAGGAACUUAUGGAGGGAGUUGACAUGAAGCAGGAACCUAUAGAAGGAGUAGAGGUGAAGGAGGAACUUAUAGACGGACUAGAGGCCAUGGAAGAGGUGGUGUGUGGACUACAAAUGAAGGAAGAGAUGCUGGAGGAGGGUAUCCCAGCAAUGAGCAGAGUGCAUGUGAAGGAAGAGGUGAUGGUGGGAGAAGUGGGAGUGGAGGAAGUGAUAGAAGAGAUGACCGUGAAGGAGGAGGAGGUGGUGGUGUCCGGGGGAUUGAAAGUGGAAGAAGAGCUGAUGGAUGGGAUAAAAAUGGAGGAGGAGAUGGUGGAUGGGAUGAAGGUCAAGGAGGAGAUGGAGAACAGAAUGGAGGUGAAGCAGGAGGCAGUUCAGAUGGAGGUGAAGGAGGAGGAAAAUGGAAUGGAAGUGAAGACAGAAGUGAAUGGAAUGGAGAUGAAGAAAGAGGGGGUGAAGGAAGAAGCGAUGCACGAGCCAGAGGUGAAGGAAGAAGAGAUGGAUGGAGCCCGGAUGAGGGAAGGUGGAGCAGAGCUGACAGAGGAACAGGAGCCCCCGGGAGAGCCUCAGGUGGGCAGCAAGCGGAAGCUGGCCAUGUCAAGCUGUGAAACAUGUGGUACAGAAGAAGCAAAGUACAGGUGUCCACGCUGUAUGAAAUGUUCCUGCAGUUUAGCGUGCGUGAAGAAACACAAAACACAACUUACAUGCAAUGGGAUUCGAGAGAAGACAGCAUUUGUCUCAUUAAAGCAGUUUACUGAAAUUAAUCUUCUAAGUGAUUAUAGGUUUUUGGAAGAUGUAGGAAGAUCAGCUGACUACAUUGCUAGAGAUAUCUUCUUGAAAAGACCCUCAACAAAUAGAAUUUUAAACUACAUGAAAAACCGAGCACGGAGACACAAUAUUGACUUAAGAAUUUUACCAAUUGGCUUCACCAAAAGAAGAGAGAAUUCAACGGUGUUUGAUAGGAAAGAGCAGCGCUUCUAUUGGCAUCUGAAACUCCUGUUUCCUCAGAGUCGAGCUGAAUAUGUGGAAAAAGGAGUUCCUGGUGAUAAGAAGCUUAAUGAAAUCUUAAGGACAUACAUUGAUCCUGAAAAGUCUGAUCCUGUAAUUCGUCAGAGGUUAAAAGCUUAUGUCUUUUCUGAGAGUGGUGUACUAAUUUUAAUGAAGAUUGAAAAUAUGCAGCAUAACUUAGUCAGGUAUUAUGAACUGGAUCCUUGUAAAAGUCUCAUAGACAAUUUGAAAGACAAAGUAGUGAUUGAGUAUCCAACGUUACAUGUGGUAUUGAAAGGAUCUAAGAAUGACAUGAUAAUCCUCGGCCAAGAAAGAAACGAAUCCACUGAGAGUUUUGGCAGUGAAAAUCCAGCACUUUCUUCUGAGGAAGAAGGUGAAAUCCAAGAGAGUUCCUGAGGAAUAUACAUUGGUUGUCUACUUUGGGAAAGGAGGAGCACCUUUGGUUUUGGUUUUGAUUUUUUUUACUUUUAAAUUUAAUGUUUUUCAAAUUACAUUAAGAAAUUUUUUUCUGGCCCAGUUUUCAUGUGAGGUGCCCAGUCAGGUUACAAGCUUUUUUUUUUUUCUUUUCCUUUGAUCAUCAUAGAAUGAAUUCAUUCCUCUUUUCAUACGCUUGGCAUAGCAGGCUUACAAACUUUAGCAUUUAAUAUCUAACCUUUACUUAGAUAUUUUGAAGUAUGACACCUCAGAUUCUUGCUAACCAGUGAAAGAUCAGUUUGUAAACUACAUGGCUAAAAGAAUCUGGUUCCCUGUGGGUUCAAUUAUUAAUGUCUAUAUUGAUUCUGGAGCAAUAAUCCGUGUUUUGUUUUUUUUGACUGCAUGUGUAUCUUUCCAUCUUGAGGGAAGGAAAAAGCAUGUUAUAAUUGAAUACAUUAAACUGUAAGGCAUCUAAUAUAAUCAAAUGGGAACUUUGGUAAAAUGUAACAGAAGGAAAUCUCAGUUUCUGCUCUUUGAGCCAUCAGUAUGCUUGCUGUCCUUACUAGGAAUCCUAAGUGUUUUAAUGCCAUCUUCACUUCCAUCAUUACCAUAUCCUCAUCCCCUUUAACUUCAUUAAAGUGUGUAUGGAAUAGUUGGAUUUUUAAUUUAUUUUUUUAUUAUUCCUAGCAAUACCUGAAAAACUUGGAAUCUGUGCUAAAAUGUACAUAUGUGUAUUUAUAAUAUAGACACUUUAAAUUUUUAUCAUAUAGUAUCUUCAUAAGCCUUAUGAUUUCACUUGUUGGAAUUGCAAAGUUUUCCUGAUUUUACUGGAAUUUUUUAAGUUGUGAAAUGACUAUAGAUUAAAAGAUUAUUACAUCUGA